UCCCCUCGGGUUCGCUGGGGCUGGUGGGGUCGCGGCGCGGAGCUAGUGAAACUUCACCAAUAGCCCUCCUGUUUCCCUGCCCGGGCGGGGGAAGAGCAAAUCACGCCGCGCCGCCUCCUCCCGCUCCUCCUCCCGGGCCUGUGCCAGCCACCCGAUUCUUCAAAGCCACAAAUACUCCAUGGUUGUCUUAAUAUCUGAGGCUGGUCAAGCAAGUGGUCUCUCUUGGCUUGAGGAGUGAGAAUCCUCUUUUUCCUGUUCUGAGUUAUUGACAGAAUCAGUUUGAGGAAGAAUUUGUGAUUGACAGCUAUGUUUCAGAUAACAAAACAUUUAAGCAAGCUGAUGUUUGCCACAGUUGGGAUCCCAGAAGCUUUUACUUCUCCCCUCACCCCUCCCCUUCCCUGCAGUGUGUUUGCACAUUUGGUGCCUCUUCUAGGCUCUGUGGGCUCCACUCCCCGCUAUGUCCAAUGGGGGAUUGGAGCAUGACUGUCGAGUCCCUAAUGAUAAUGAACUACCUAUUUUGGGUUAGGCAUCACCCUGAGUUACUUGACUCUUCACAAAGGAUAUGGACUCUUAAUUCAUGGGAUAUUUGUACAGUUUAAGACAUACAUUUCUUCAGAAGCACUAAUGGAUGUUGACAUGCAUUGGAUAAGGUGGUGACCACUGGAAGUAAUCUGUUGCUGUUCACUGCAGAGAGGCUAAAUUGACUCCAUUUGGAGUUCAGAGACGAAGCAGUGUGGAGGUAUCAAGAUGACUGAUCCUAUGAUGGAUUUUUUUGAUGAUGCCAACCUUUUUAGCGAGACGUUGGAAGGUUUGUCGGAUGAUGCCUUUGUACAACCUGGACCCGUUUCACUUGUUGAUGAAUUGAACUUGGGUGCAGAAUUUGAGCCUUUGCACAUAGACUCAUUGAACCAUGUGCAAGAUACUCAAACUCAACAAAAGAUGAGCGAAUUUGAGCAGUUAAAUCAGUAUGAUUCACUGAAACUUCAAGUAAAUCAGUCUUUCAGCAGCCCAGCUGACAGUGUUUUAUCGCCACACUCUCAAUUUAAUUGCUCACCAAUCCAUCCACAAAACCAAUCCAAUGGAAUGUUUCCUGAUGUGGCUGAUGGUAGUCCUAUGUGGGGUCAUCAAACUACCACAACUGUUCCAAAUCAAAAUGGGUCCCCUUUUCACCAAGGACAUUCUCAGUCUAUGCAGCAAACUAAAAGUUUUGUAGCACACCAUGACUUUGCCUUAUUUCAGGCCAACGAACAACAGCAUCAGUGUGCCUCACUACAGUCGCAACAAAGCAGAAACAACAUUAAUGCAGGGCAAGACGCUCUGAAUCAGCCAAAAACCUUUAUGGAGGUUAACGUAUCUGCUCCACGCAGAGUCAGUGUUACCCAUCCACCUCAAAUUGCUAAUCCAUCAACUUCACAGCAGCCUCUCUCUGUUCAACAGUUUUCUCAAAAUGCCAGUGCUUCAAUACAUUUUUGUGGGAAUCAAGAAGGAAACUUUGAUGGACAAUCUCCAACUAUGACUCCUUGCUCUGUUAAUAAUACACAGCAGUUUCCUUCUCCAUAUUCUUACUCUAAUAACCACAUUUCUCCUACCAGCCUUCUACAGUCUUCUACCGCUCUUUCUACUAGCCAACAAACGCAUCCUUUAUCUGAUUAUACUGGAAGUGAUGCCUUUACAUCUCAAACAGGGACCAAGCAAGAAACCACCGAGCACCUCUUGAAUCCUAACACACCUUUAAAUUCAAAUAGUUUCCAAAUGUUGCAUUCAGCACAUCCUCAGGGCAGCUUCAGUAGUUCAAAACUCUCUCCUGUGAACAUUAAUUUUCCAGCCUCUGCGGGUUCUGCUUCUCAGAUAAGCCAUUUCGGUGAUCCUAUAGAAAGCAAUGGUUUUUCAUCUUUGGAUGAGAACUUACUUCAUCAAGUUGAGUCUCAAGCUGAACCAUUUACAGGACUUGAUCCAGAGGACCUCCUUCAGGAAGAUCUCCUACCCCAAUUUGAUGAUUCAGCAUUUGUUCAGGACACUUCAAGCCACAUAUUAGAGCAUGACCUAGAACACCAUAUUACCCCACAGCAAAUAACACCGUCAUCCGAUAUUGCUCGGACACAGUCUCAAAAUCAGAUGCAUCCCUGGCAUUCUUCAGUUUCUAAUCGGCAUCUACAAGACAGAAAUCGUAUAGCUUUGCAAGGGCAGCCUCCCUCCUCCAAGAAGACUGAUGUUUCAGGGACAUAUACUAAAUUGCAGAAUACCCAGGUGAGGGCAAUGUCUGAAAAGAAACAGAAGAAAAAAGUGGAAUCGGAAAGUAAGCAGGAGAAGGCUAAUCGUAUAAUAUCGGAGGCAAUCGCAAAAGCAAAAGAGAGAGGGGAGAGAAACAUUCCACGAGUAAUGAGCCCUGAAAACUUCCCCAGUGUUUCGGCUGAAGGAAGAGAGGAAAAGAAAGGUAGAAAAAUUAAAUCCAAACCAAAGGACAAGGAGAGCAAAAAAACUAAAACUGGUUCCUCAUCCAAAAUUAAAGACAAAACAAAAAUUGGCAAGCUUAUAAUCACAUUGGGUAAAAAGCAGAAGAGAAAGAAUGAGUCUUCAGAUGAAAUGUCUGAUACUAAGCAGACUCCACAGCGGUCAUUUAAAGAUGAGGACUCUCAGAAGAGAAGAUCAAAUCGUCAAGUUAAAAGAAAAAAGUAUGCUGAGGAAGGAGAAGGAAAACAGUCCGAGGAAGAGGCUAAAGUUUCUGUGAAAAUCAAAAAGAGUUCUGCGCCUUUGCCUGCUGAACAACCCUUACAGUUAUUUGUGGAGAAUCCAAGUGAAGAAGAUGCAGCAAUUGUAGAUAAAAUUUUAUCCUCCAGGAUAGUGAAGAAAGAAAUAUCUGCUGGAAUGACAAUGGAAGAAGAAGAAUUUUUUGUAAAAUACAAGAACUACUCCUAUCUUCACUGUGAAUGGGCCACAGAACAGCAGCUUUUGAAGGAUAAAAGAAUCCAGCAGAAAAUUAAACGGUUCAAGCUGAGGCAAGCACAAAGAGCCCACUUUUUUGCAGAUAUGGAAGAAGAACCUUUUAAUCCUGACUAUGUUGAAGUGGACCGGGUGCUAGAAGUCUCCUUUUGUGAAGAUAAGGACACUGGUGAGCCUGUUAUUUACUACCUAGUAAAAUGGUGUUCAUUGCCAUACGAAGACAGCACCUGGGAGUUAAAAGAAGAUGUAGACCAGGCAAAAAUAGAAGAAUUUGAACAACUGCAAGCUUCCAGGCCUGACUCAAGGAGAUUGGACCGACCUCCUCCUAAUUCCUGGAAGAAGAUAGAACAGUCCAGAGAAUAUAAAAAUGGCAACCAGCUCAGGGAAUACCAACUGGAAGGACUCAACUGGCUCCUUUUCAACUGGUACAAUAGACGAAACUGCAUUUUAGCAGAUGAAAUGGGUCUUGGCAAAACCAUCCAGUCAAUUACAUUCCUCUAUGAAAUCCUCCUGACUGGUAUACGAGGGCCUUUCCUGAUCAUAGCUCCACUUUCCACUAUAACCAAUUGGGAAAGAGAAUUUCGCACGUGGACUGAUCUUAAUGUCGUGGUAUAUCAUGGGAGCAUGGUUAGCAGGCAGAUGAUACAGCAGUAUGAGAUGUACUUCAGGGACUCACAGGGACGUAUCAUUCGAGGUACUUACCGGUUCCAAGCUAUUAUCACCACUUUUGAAAUGAUUCUUGGUGGCUGUCCAGAACUCAAUGCAAUUGAAUGGCGGUGUGUUAUUAUUGAUGAAGCACACAGGCUGAAGAAUAAAAAUUGCAAACUCCUGGAGGGACUCAAACUCAUGAAUCUUGAGCACAAAGUGCUGUUGACAGGCACACCACUGCAGAACACAGUAGAAGAACUGUUUAGCCUGCUUCAUUUUCUUGAACCUUUGCGUUUUCCUGCUGAAUCUACAUUCAUGCAGGAAUUUGGGGACCUUAAAACGGAGGAACAGGUGCAAAAGUUACAAGCUAUCCUGAAACCAAUGAUGCUGAGACGGUUGAAGGAAGAUGUAGAGAAAAAAUUAGCUCCCAAGGAAGAAACUAUAAUUGAAGUAGAACUAACUAAUAUCCAGAAGAAAUAUUAUCGGGCAAUUUUGGAGAAGAACUUUGCAUUCUUGUCGAAAGGAGCUGGCCAAGCUAAUGUACCCAAUCUAGUUAACACUAUGAUGGAACUCAGAAAGUGCUGCAACCACCCGUAUCUUAUCAAAGGUGCUGAAGAGAAAAUCCUUGGGGAGUUUAGGGAAACAUAUAUCCCAACUGCUCCUGAUUUUCAUCUACAAGCAAUGAUCCAGUCUGCUGGUAAAUUGGUCCUCAUUGAUAAACUUCUCCCAAAAAUGAAAGCAGGAGGCCAUAAGGUGCUUAUCUUCUCUCAAAUGGUGCGCUGUCUUGACAUCCUUGAGGACUACCUUAUACAUAAAAGGUACUUAUAUGAAAGAAUUGAUGGGAGAGUGAGAGGAAAUCUGAGGCAAGCUGCUAUUGAUCGGUUUAGCAAACCAGACUCUGAUCGGUUUGUGUUUCUUCUGUGUACCAGAGCUGGUGGAUUGGGCAUUAAUUUGACUGCAGCUGAUACAUGUAUAAUUUUUGAUUCUGACUGGAAUCCUCAGAAUGAUCUCCAGGCCCAAGCCCGUUGUCACAGGAUUGGUCAGAACAAAGCAGUAAAGGUCUACAGAUUGAUAACUCGGAACUCAUAUGAGAGAGAGAUGUUUGACAGAGCAAGUCUGAAAUUGGGUCUGGAUAAAGCUGUUUUACAGAGCAUGAGUGGAAGAGAAAAUAGUGUUGGUGGUAUCCAACAGCUUUCCAAAAAAGAAAUAGAAGACCUGCUUCGAAGAGGUGCCUAUGGUGCUAUUAUGGAUGAAGAGGAUGAGGGCUCUAAAUUCUGUGAAGAAGAUAUAGACCAAAUCUUGCAGCGCCGUACGAAAACUAUCACAAUUGAAUCAGAAGGAAGGGGUUCAACAUUUGCCAAGGCUAGUUUUGUUGCAUCUGGAAAUAGGACUGAUAUUUCAUUAGAUGAUCCCAACUUCUGGCAGAAAUGGGCCAAAAAAGCAGAAAUAGAUAUAGAUACCAUCAGUGGUAGAAACAGCCUGGUUAUUGAUACCCCAAGAAUUAGGAAGCAAACAAGACCCUUUAGUGCCACAAAAGAUGAGCUGGCUGAGUUAUCAGAAGCAGAGAGUGAAGGGGAUGAUAAACCAAAACUCCGCAGGCCUUGUGACCGCUCCAGUGGAUAUGGAAGAACAGAGUGCUUUCGGGUGGAGAAAAACUUAUUAGUCUAUGGGUGGGGUCGUUGGAGAGAGAUUUUAUCACAUGGUCGCUUCAAGAGGCAACUAAAUGAACAGGAUGUGGAGAUAAUUUGCCGAGCACUCCUAGCAUAUUGCCUUGUUCACUACAGAGGAGAUGAAAAGAUAAAAAGUUUUAUAUGGGAUCUCAUCACCCCAACAGAGGAUGGGCAAACACGAGAGCUACAGAAUCACCUAGGUUUGUCAGCACCUGUUCCCAGGGGUAGAAAAGGAAAGAAAGUGAAGACUCAGGCUAGCACAUUUGAUAUACAUAAAGCAGAAUGGCUUCGAAAAUAUAAUCCAGAACAUCUACUGCAAGAUGAAGGAUAUAAAAAACACAUAAAGCAUCACUGCAAUAAGGUCUUGCUUCGAGUACGAAUGCUGUAUUACUUAAAACAAGAAGUCAUUGGUAAUGAAUGCCAAAAAGUGUUUGAUGGAGUUGAUGCCAGUGAAGUUGAUGUUUGGGUCCCUGAGCCAGAGCAUUCUGAGGUCCCUGCAGAAUGGUGGGAUGCAGAUGCAGAUAAAUCCCUCCUAAUUGGAGUUUUUAAGCAUGGCUAUGAAAAGUACAACACUAUUAGAGCAGAUCCCGCACUCUGUUUCUUGGAAAGGGUGGGCAAACCAGAUGAGAAAGCAGUUGCUGCUGAACAAAGAGCAAAUGAUUACAUUGAUGGGGAUGUAGAAGAUCCAGAAUAUAAACCAGCCCCAGCAAUGUUUAAAGAUGAUAUGGAGGAUGAUGCUUCAUCGCCAGGAGAUCUAGUAAUAGCUGAUGGAGAUGGUCAGAUGAUGGAAGGAGACAAAAUUUAUUGGCCCACUCAGUCUGCUUUAACAACACGUCUGCGCCGCCUAAUAACAGCCUACCAACGUACUAGUAAGAACAGGCAGGCCCAGCAAAUCCAACCAACGUUUCCAGUUCAGGCCACUGUAAUGCAGCCUCCAUAUGAAGAAGCUGCUCUAAAUCCAAAAAUGGCAGCCAAGAUUGAAAGGCAACAAAGAUGGACAAGAAGAGAAGAAGCUGAUUUUUACAGGGUUGUAUCCACAUUUGGAGUGGUGUUUGAUCCUGACGGGGGUCGAUUUGACUGGACAAAAUUUAGAGCCAUGGCUAGGCUACAUAAGAAAACAGAUGAGAGUUUAGAGAAGUACUUGUAUGCAUUUAUGUCUAUGUGCAGGAGAGUCUGUCGCCUUCCCUCAAAAGAAGAACUUGUAGACCCAACCAUUUUUAUCCAACCAAUUACAGAGGAGCGUGCUUCUCGGACCUUAUAUCGCAUUGAACUCCUGAGGAAGGUACGAGAACAGGCCCUACGACAUCCACAGCUGUUUGAACGCUUGAAACUUUGUCAGCCAAAUCCAGACUUGCCAGUCUGGUGGGAGUGUGGGACUCAUGACAGGGAUUUACUUAUUGGAGCUGCUAAACAUGGGGUUAGCAGAACAGACUAUCACAUUCUUCGUGAUCCUGAACUCUCAUUUAUGUCUGCCCAGAGGAAUUACAGUCAGAAUAAAGUGGCGCUAUCAAGGACUUCUACUCCACUUUUACAUCAGUAUCAGAUGGCAUUGUCUGCGUCUCCUCUUACACCUCAGUCAAGAUUGCCAGAUACUAAAGGGAAUGCUCUUGAGGAUACAAAAGUUAAAAAUGAAAACCUUAAAGAGGACCCUCAGUCGUCUGAAGAGGAAUCUAUGUCUACUGAGGAAACACGGACAAUGAUGAAAUCUGAACCUUUGAGCCCCAAAAAUGGCACGCCAUUACAGACUACAGACCACAAACCUGGUGUGAAGAAUGAAACUGACAGGCGUAUGGUUGCAGCAAGGACAGAGCCCCUAACUCCAAACCCUGCUUCCAAAAAACAGAGAGUCAACAAAAGAGGGUCAGACUCUAGUUCUGAUUCUGACUCUGAUUCAGACAGAUCAUCCUGUUCUUCCAGGUCAUCUUCAUCGUCCUCUUCCUCUUCCUCUUCUUGUUCACGCUCCCGGUCAGGAUCCAGCUCUUCAUCCUCCUCCUCUUGUUCUUCAGCAUCCUCUUCCUCUUCAUCCUCUUCCUCUUCAUCAUCGUCGUCAUCAUCGUCGUCAUCUGAAGAGAGUGACAGUGAUGACGAAGAGGCACAAAAGCGAGCAGAAGGAACCCCUCACAUCAAAGCAUAUGACGAAGAGAGCGUAGCCUCUCUGAGCACCACACAAGAUGAGACCCAGGACUGUUUCCAGUUGAACAACGGGACGCCAAAUUCCAACUAUCUCUUGCAAGGUGGAUAUAUGUUGGCUGCAUCCUAUUGGCCAAAGGAUCGAGUUAUGAUUAACCGACUAGACAGUAUUUGUCAAACAGUGUUGAAAGGUAAAUGGCCUUCAGCAAGAAGAAGUUAUGACAGCAAUACAGUAGCAUCUUUCUACACAACCAAACUUCUGGACAGCCCGGGUGCAGCUGCAGACUACAGUGAACCUAGUGCACCAACACCCCCAACUGCAGGUGUUAAGGAAGAACAUGAUCAGUCGCCACAGAUGCCAAAGGUGAAGAAGCAUGUACGAGAAAAGGAGUUUACAGUGAAAAUCAAUGACGAAGGUGGUUUGAAAUUGACUUUUCAGAAGCAGGGGUUUUCUCAGAAAAGGCUCUUUGAAAGUGAAGAAGGCACGUUAGGACAGCAGCAAUACCUGGCUCGGCUACGUGAGCUCCAGAAUGCUUCAGAGACCAGCCUUGUCAAUUUUCCAAAAUCCUUACCAGAAUCAGGUGCUUCCAAUCAGUUAACAGCUAAUGCUAAUGGAGUGAUAGUCGACAGCCAGCCUGUAGUCAAAAAGAGGAGAGGAAGGAGGAAGAAUGUAGAAGGAGUUGACAUCCUCUUUAUAAAUAGAAAUAAACCACCUAAUCAUGUUAGUCCAGGCAUUAACACCUCGCAAGUUGCUCCAGUAAUAAACCCAACACUUACUUAUGCUCAGUCCCAAGGUCUACUUGAUGCAGAAAGCCCAGUUCCUGUCAUUAACCUGAAAGAUGGAACAAGGCUUGCAGGGGAUGAUGCACCAAAAAGGAAGGAUUUAGAAAAAUGGCUUAAGGAACAUCCUGGUUAUGUUGAAGAUUUAGGAGCUUUUAUUCCUAGAAUGCAGCUUCAUGAUGGGAGGCCCAAACAAAAAAGACACCGUUGUCGAAACCCUAAUAAACUGGAUGUUAAUAGUCUCACUGGUGAAGAACGUGUUCAGCUGAUCAAUAGAAGAAAUGCUAGAAAGGUGGGAGGUGCUUUUGCUCCACCACUGAAGGACUUGUGCAGAUUCUUGAAAGAAAAUCCUGAGUAUGGAGUAGCUCCUGAAUGGGGAGAUGUUGUGAAACAGUCUGGAUUUCUUCCUGAAGGUAUGUUUGACCGUAUUCUCACUGGGCCUGUUGUACGAGAAGAAGUAAGCAGGAGGGGGAGACGGCCUAAAAGUGAGAUUGCCAAGGCAACAGCUGCAGCAGCAGCUGCCACAGCAGCAAAUGUUUCGGUCAACCCUUUGCUAGCUAAUGGAUUACUUCCAGGAGUGGAUCUAUCUACUCUUCAGGCCUUACAACAAAACCUGCAAAACUUGCAAUCACUGCAAGUAACAGCAGGAUUAAUGGGAAUGCCUGCUGGACUAACUACUGGAGGAGAAGCUAAGAAUAUGGCUGCCAUGUUCCCCAUGCUACUGUCAGGAAUGGCUGGAUUACCAAACUUGCUGGGUAUGGGAGGACUCCUAACAAAGUCUACAGAAUCUGUUUCAGAGGAGAAAAAGGGAAAUGACUCAAAAGAGCCAGAUGUAAAGAAAGAAAGGACAGAAAACCAACAUGCAAAUAAUGGUGGUGAAGACUCUGUGUCAAGUUCUCCCUCUACGUCCUCUGCUGCUGCCAACCCUUUAGCUCUUAACCCGUUACUUUUGUCCAAUAUACUUUAUCCAGGGAUGCUUCUCACUCCAGGCCUUAAUCUUCAUAUCCCAGCAUUGUCCCAAUCCAAUAUUUUUGAUGUACAGAACACUGAAAACAAUGACACAGGCUCAGCCAAGGCUACAGAGGAAAAGGAGGAGAAUUCUAGGAUUAGAGAUCAGGAAGACAAAGGGGGAACAGAGCCAAGUUCUCAUAAUGAAAACAGCACAGAUGAGGGUUCAGAGAAAGCAGAUGCUUCAUCUGGAUCUGACAGUACAUCGUCUUCAUCUGAGGAUUCAGAUUCUAGUGAUGAAGACUGACCCCAGACUAUGUACUUAAAUUAUGAACUGAUUUUGAAUUUAUUCUUUAAUUAUUUCAUUGUAA